CGCUCCCGGCAGCCCCCGCGGCCAUGGCGGGGGGGGGUCCCUGGGCCCGGCUCGCGGCCGCGCUCGCGCCCCCCGCGCCCCCCGCCCCCCGCCGGCCCCGCCCCCCGCUACGUCACCAGUUUCAGACGGAGCUGCUGCUGCUGCUGCUCGAGACCCCCGAGCUCGCCGUGCGGGGGGAGGGGUCGCGGCCCGAGGCGGGGGGGGGUCCCGGGGGGGCCCUGCUGGAGCUGCUGGCCCAGCCCCCCGCGCCGCCCCCCGCGCCGCCCCGCGCGCUGCUGCUGCUCGCCACCCUGACCGUGCUGGUGGCCACGGGCGACCGCGCGGCCACCGCGGCGCUGGCGGCGCUGCUGCUGCGGGAGGGCCCGGGCGGGGCCCCGGCGGCGGCCGCCGAGUGUCUGCGGGAGCUGCGGCGCCUCGGGACCCCCGCGGGCCCCCCCAGAGCCCCCGCGACCCCCCGGGACCCCCCCGCGCCCCAGCCCCUGGUGCUGCUGCGGGCCGAGGCGGCGGGCGAUCCAGCGGAUCCCUGGGAAGGGGCUGCGCCGGAUCCCGGCCCCCCCUCCGCCUUCAGCCUCACUCCGGCCGCCCGGGCGCAGCUGCUGCAGCUCCCCCAUUUUGGGGGGGUCCCUGGGGGGGCCCCCCCGGUUUUGGCCACGGCGGACCCGGCGCCGGUGCAGGCGCUGCUGCUGCGGGGGGGGCGCGGUUCGGGUUCGGGGGGUCCCGGUUUGGAUUUGGGGGGGCCCGGUUCGGAUUUUGGGGGGCCCGGUUCGGAUUUUGGGGGGCCCCGCUUGGCCGCGCUGGCGCUGCACCCCGCCCUGCCCCCCCCCCUGCGCCUCUUCUUCCUCCUCUGCCUCCUCGAGGGGGGGGACCCCAAAAAUCCCGGGGCGCGCCCCCCCCGGACGCUGCCCCCCCACCUGGCGGCCGCUCUGUUCCCGGGGGGCCGCGGGGACCCCCCCGAAAUGUUCCUGCCCCGUUUCGAGGCCGCGGCCGCGUUCUGCUCCCCAAUUUCGGGGGGGGGUCCGGGCGGGGGGAGCCCCCACCCCAAAAUGCAGGGGGGGCGGGAGUGGCUGUGGGGGCUGGUGCGGUUUUUGGGGGGCGGCCCCCCCGAUUUGUUCUGCCGGGCCGCGGUCGCCUACGGGCGCUGGUUCGGGGGGGUCCCCGCGGAGGAACUGGGGGGGGCGGCGCAGGAAUUGCUGGGGGGGGGUCACCCCGCGGCCCCCCCCGCACCUGCUGGAGCUCGCCCAGGUUUUGGGGGGGCCCCCCGGGGGGGCUGUGCUGGCGCGGGUGCUGCGGGCCCCCCCGCCCCCCCCGGGGUCCCCCCAGCUGCGGGGGGUGCUGAAGGUGCUGCGCGACCCCCCCGCGGCGCCGCCCCCUCCCCGGGCGCGCCCCCAAAUCCGGGGGUACCUGCGGCGGGUCCUGGCGGCCGAGGGGGGGCGCUGGGGGGGGGCGCAGGGGGCGCUGAGCGCCGCCGCCCCCCUGCUGCCCUGGGGGGGGUCCCCGCUGUGCCCCCCCGGGCUGGGGGGGGACCCCGACGUGCGGGACCGCGGCCGCCUGCACCGCGCGCUGGGGGCGGCCCUGGGCCCCCCCAAACUGGCCGCGGUGUUGGGGCCCCCCCCGCGCUGCGCCCCGCGCCCCCCGCCCCAAAACGGCUCCGGAGGGGGCGGCGCUGGGGGAGGGGGCGCCCCCCCGUCGCUGCUGCCCGCGCCCCCCCCCCUGCCGCCUGCGCUGCCUCCCCGCGACCCCCCCCCCCGUUCUGCGCCCCCCCGGGGCCCCCCAGGACCCCGAGGGUUGGGGGGCGGCGCUGCUGGAGGGGGGGGGGGCGGCCCGUGCCCCUCCCCCUGCGGCUGCGCCUGGAGCCUUUGGGGGGGUCGGGCAGCGAGGGGACCCCCCCCCCGAAUUUCGGGGGCGCCCCCCCGCGUGCUGGCGCUGCAGCUGCUGCUGGGGGGGGGCGGGGCCGGCGCCGAGGGGGCGCUGCCGGCGCUGGGGGGGGGGUCGCGGGGGGGCCGAGCUGACCCUGACCCUGCGCCCCCCCCCGCGCCCUGCCCCCCUCGCUCGAGGCCGCCGCCGUGUUCAGCUCCGGGGGGGCUCCCCAAAAAGGGG